UUCCCUAGGAAAGGCUGCACGGGGUGUAUGGUUACACUCCUACAUCGCUCAAUUUACCGCAUCACUACAAGGUCCGGUCAUGAGUGAGAGCUAACUGUCCUGAAUUCACCGCUGAGAAAAGGGUAAGCCACAACUCACUUUUGGUUUUGUUAAUGCUCUCUCGUGGAUAACAACCACAGGUGAGGAUGUCGGCAUCAGACUCAGAAUACUCCAUUGACUGGCUGGCCAGUGACGAGGAGUACGACAGCCCAGUUGGAUUAAGCACUGAUCACCCCGACAGACAAAAAACAUCCUUACCACAAUCACUGUCAAGGGAAUCCCCAACAACCAUACACGCUGGACUCAUUGGAAGCACUACUAACUGUGACGAAAACUCUGAAGAAAAAAUACGAAAUGGGAACUCCAGGGUAAAGAAUGACAGGAACGGCAAUGACUCCAGCAGUGUCACCCCAACCACCGCCAAGGACACCGCCAAGGACUCCUGGGUCACAGAAACCCAGAGAUACAUCUUUUUUGGCCAACAGCAGAGACAGUCUUGGGCCCUUUGGACUACCUCUCCUUACACCAUAGAAAGUGCAUUUGGUGGGAAGCAUCGUCAACCUAGGAAGAGAUCCCACAGUCCUGGGCUGCCAGUACAGAGAGAGGGUACAAAGCCUGAGGAGGCAGAUGAAGAUAAACUGCUUGCACGUAAGUGCUUGGAUCUGCAAUGUUACAUCCGCCCGCUAUCCAACAUCCUUCUAGGUCUGCAAUCCGGCCGAUACUCUGGACGCCUCAGCAGUUUCCAGGAGAGUGUUGCGAUGGAUCGUAUUCAGAGAAUAAUGGGGGUCCUUCAGAACCCAAAUAUGGGUGAACGCUACAUCAGAAUUAUACUGAAAAUGGAAGAAAUGCUUCAUAGCUGGUUCCCCCAUGUGAAAGCAUGCUGUGACCAUCUCAUUGGCAACCAGAAAGAUGACAGCACUCCAGCUAAGAGGCAAAAGUACCACAGCCCUGCUAAGCUGCCACCUCUUGCCCCACUGUCCUCACUGUGUCCAACUGAGGGGGACCACACCCCGAGAGCAGGCGACGCCCCUUUCCCUGGCUCCUACUUUGCUCCACACCUCAAAUGGCUCCACACCUCCCCCAUUUGCUCCUCCAAGACAACUCAGCAGACACCGGCUCGACCCUCCACCUGCCCCCCUUCGUCCCGCCAGGACCCUGGCAUGACCCAGGACAAUGCAGUCUCCUCCAGCACUGACCCAAAGACUGAACCCCACCUGAUUCGACCCAGGCGGCAGCCCAUUUUCAAAAUAAGCUCUCCCUGCCUGGAAAGACUGCUCAAGGCAAAGGGCAGCAUCAUCACCCCUAGAAAUAUGGGCGAUGGUAGCAAUGAGAGUAGCGGGUCGUAAUGGUGGUGGUACUGGACUCGGGAAUGUAAAUGCUGUUUACAUGCAGUGAUAGCUAUGGUAGAGGAGAAAUGGCUGAAGGAGGGACUGAGUUGGCCCAUGUACCACACAAGACAGGAGGAGGUUUAAUGUCUACACAGGCCCUUUGAGGCUCCAGUAGAGUGUAGUUUACAUGUUGCUGGCCCUUUAAGAGCAUGUUUGAGAUCCUGCGUACCAACUUCUGUUUACCUGCAUUAACAAAGCCUGAGGAAAUAGAUCACAAUGAGACGUAGUUAAUCUUUUGCUACAUUUUUUUUAUUUCAUUCUGAAACUUGUAAACUUUGGUUUAGGAUUUCGAGAGAUUUCAAGAAAUUAUUCUAAACAUUAAUGGGAUAUACCAACAUGUAGAAACUAGGGCUUGGAGUUUUCAUUGGUUGUACUUGAGCGCAACACAAACUUAUCUUUUUGAGUGAGUGUCAUCUUAAUAGUAACAUUUUGAGAUUUUCCUCAGAUUUCCUUCCGGUUCCUCAUGGUAGCAUGCGAGAAAGGAAAAAAGAAGGAAUGAUUUUUGAGACUUUGUGACGUUUUUGAGAAUGUGUCAAUGAUACUUUCUAUGAUAAUAUCCACAAAAAACUUUGGCAGUACAAUGUGUCGAAUACAUCUUCUCACUUUUUGGUAACCCAGCUCCAGAGAGUUGAAUAAGGACUGUUACUUUAUCAAAUUGCUUCUAGUUUUUUUUUUUAUAUAUAUUUUUUGGGACAGUUAAGUGUGAUAGGAAAGGCAGAGAAGGAGGAAGACAUGCAUGCCUUUGUGGUAUUCACACUUAUCCUGUGAGCCACCAGGGCACCCUGACUUUUAGUUAGUUUUUGAUAUGAUUCCUCUACCUCAUGUUGACACCUUGCCAAUACAUGGCCAUGAAAGGAUAAAAAAAGCAUAAGGGCAACAUCUUGCAAAGUCUGUCACAAACCAGGAUGAAUCAUUAGCCAUCCGACCUGACAUAUUUUGUUUUUGAGUCCCUGAACGGGGUGCUCCAAGCACUACAUUGCUAGUUUCACACACUACAUCUAAAACUAUAAAGUGAAGAAUUACAGAAUGCUGGCUAACAUGGUAGUCCUACAUUGUGAUAUACCCCAAAGAUGUGAGCCAAACCAUAUUAGAAAGAUAGUGGGUCAUUGUAAGGAUUUCCAGUUUCUUAAAAAACACGUGGUCAGUGCCUGUCACUAUGCCUGUAAUAUAAUGUAACAAGAGAGAAACUACAGGGACUUGGAGGGACAUUGCAGACCAGAGAUCCAGUAAUUCCUGCCACUUCCAAUUUUUCAACUUAACCAUCAAGUCUUGCCAACUUCUUUCUAUACUAGGAUCCUAUACAUAAUCUACAUGAUGUUUUUAUGCAAUGAUUAACAAUGAAUGGUUACAUGUGGGAUGACAAAAGGAGUUAACCUUUGUGUAUAUUUACCCCCUAAAAGGUGGCCUUUGUGACAUUUUAUACUUCAAUAAAUAUGCUUGUUUUCAUCAA